AUGUUAUCUGAUGGUACAAAUCGUAAUAUAAUUGUUCCAAAUGAAUUGGGUACACCCUAUCAUUUAACAUGUGAUUAUUCAGCAAAACGUCUUUAUUGGACUGAUGGUGCACUAUCACGUAUUCAACAUUCGGAUUAUAAUGGUCGAAAUAUUCAAUCAUUAAGAGGACGAUUAAUUUCACAUCCAUUUGGAAUUGCAAUUUAUGGAUCUCGUCUUUAUUUUACUGAUGCAACAUUAGAAAGUGUAUUUGAAAGUAGUAAAACAUACAGUGGUUAUGCAUCGCCUAUUCGAUCAAAUAUUCCAUCGAUUACAACAGUUAAAGUUUAUGCAGAAUCAUCUCAACCAAUGAAUAUUACACAUCCAUGUCGAAGAAAUAAUGGUGAAUGUUCAGAUUUUUGUUUUCCCAGACAAGAACAAGGUGUUUUAACACGAGUGUGUGGUUGUCGUUAUGGACGAAAAUUAAAUUCAUUGAAUAAUCAAGAAUGCAUUGAUAAUUCUCAAGCUGAACCAAGUCAAACAUCAUGUGAUGGACGUUUUCAAUGUCGAAAUAGUCGAUGUAUUCCAUUAAGUUACAAAUGUGAUGGAGAUGAUGAUUGUCAUGAUAAUAGUGAUGAACAAAAUUGUCCAGCUGGAACACCAACAUGUGGAACAAAUCAAUUUCAAUGUCGAACUAGUGGUGUUUGUAUAAAUAAACAACUUGUUUGUGAUGGUUAUCCACAUUGUCACGAUCGUUCAGAUGAAUCUAAUUGCAGUCAAACUUGUCCGGAAAAUCGAUUUCGUUGUGCAACAGGAAAAUGUAUUCCUAAAUCAUGGAUAUGUGAUAAUGAAAAUGAUUGUGGUGAUUCAAGUGAUGAACAAAAUUGUCAAGAAAGAACAUGUGAUCCAUUGACACAAUUUGCUUGUCCUCAUACACCUGGGAAAUGUAUUCCGAAUGGAUGGAAGUGUGAUGGCCAAAAUGAUUGUGGUGAUAAUGCUGAUGAACUUGAUUGUCCACCGAUAAGUUGUGGUGCUGGACAAUUUUUAUGUUCACGUGAUCGUAGAUGUAUUAAUGCAACACGACGAUGUGAUGGUAUUGCAGAUUGUCAAUCAAUGGAAGAUGAACGAAAUUGUGCUGGAUCAACACCAUCAUUUUGUCGAGCAGAUCAAUUUCGUUGUGGAUCAACUUGCAUACCAAAUGCUUGGCGCUGUGAUGGUCAUCGAGAUUGUGCUGAUGGAUCUGAUGAACCACCAAGUUGUGGUGCACGAAAUUGUACAUCAAAUGAAUUUCGUUGUGUAUCAACAGGUGAUUGCAUUCCAAAAGGGUGGAUGUGUGAUCAUGAAGAUGAUUGUGAUGAUGGUUCAGAUGAAAAUGCAGAACUAUGUCGUAAGAAUUAUUUAGACUUUUAUUUUUUUCUCAAUGAAAAUUUCAAUUUUUCAUCAAUGAGAAUAGAAAAUACGCCUUUUUCAUGUCCAGAAAAUCAAAUGGUAUGUCCUGGCACAACAAUUCAUCAAUGUGUAAAUGUUACACAAGUCUGUGAUGGUAAACUUGAUUGUCCUGGUGGUGGUGAUGAAUCACCAUUAUGUAAUAAUGAUCAAUGUUCAAUUGAUAAUGGUGGUUGUAGUCAUACAUGUCAUCGAUCACCAUUUGGUGCUUUAUGUCUUUGUCAACCAGGUUUUCGUGUACGAAAUACAACGAAUUAUAAAAAAUGUGAAGAUAUCAAUGAAUGUACAGAAGAUCCGAAUACAUGUCAUCAAUAUUGUUUAAAUACAAAUGGAAGUUUUGUAUGUUCAUGUGCUGACGGUUUUGUAUUGCAAACAGAUGGACGUAGUUAUGAAACUGGUAUUCGUUUAUUAACUGUACGUCAAGCAACAAUGGAAUGGUUUUCACCAACAUUAAAAACUUAUGGUCAAAUUAAUCUUGGUUCCAAUAUGCGUUAUAUAGUUGCAUUUGAUAUUGAUAAUCGAACAAAUACAUAUUUCUGGUGUGAUUUAGUAACAAAUAUAAUCUAUAGUCGUACGGAAAGAGCAAAUAAUUAUACUAAACUUAUUACAAGUGGUAAUAGUUUUAUAGCUGAUAUGGCAUUUGAUUGGAUUGGACGUAAUUUAUAUUGGACGGAUUAUAUGCUUGAACAUGUUGAAGUUUCAACAUUUGAUGGUCGUUAUCGUCGAAUAUUAUUUCAUGAAAAUUUAACAAAUCCAUGGUCAAUUGCUGUUGAUCCACGUGCUGGUUUACGAUAUUUAUUUUUAACUGAUUGGGGUAAAAAUCCACGUAUUGAACGUGCUAGUAUGGAUGGUCAACAACGUCUUAGUAUAGUUAAUGAUUCAAUUGAAAUGCCAGUUGGUUUAACACUUGACUUAAUACGUCAAGAAAUUUAUUUUACAGAUCAUCAUUUAAAUUAUAUUGAAGUUGUUAAUUAUAAUGGUGAAAAUCGACGAAAAAUUUUAGCUAAUACACAUUUUUUACAUGGACCAAUAUCAAUAAAUGUUUAUGAACAAUAUCUUUAUUGGUAUGAUUCAUAUUCAAAUCAAGUAAGACGUUUAAAUCGUUUUGAACAUGGAAUAAAGGCACAAAAACAUGAAACAAUAAUGUCAAGAUCAGGAGUAAUUUCAAUGAAAAUGUCACAUCAAAUUUAUCAACCAUAUGAAACAAAUCCGUGUCAACAAUCUCGUUGUACACAAUUAUGUCUUCUUUCUCAUAGUGCACCAUUAGGUUAUAUAUGUGCAUGUUCAACUGGUUUUAUUCUUGAUCAAGAUCAAAUUACAUGUUCAAAAGAUCGUUCACCAUUUAUUAUUUAUAUGAGACGUGAUACAAUUGGUGGAAUUAGUGUAAGACAUAAUCAACAAUAUAUUGAUGAAAAUUCAAAUUAUGAUGAUUUAUGGGAACGUUUUGUUACUGUAACUGAUCUUCAUAAUGGUUAUGAAUUUGCAUUUGAUGAAGUUAAUGAAACGAUUUAUUGGACACAAGCUAAAGGUUACUUACCAGAUGGAACUCUUACAUAUGAAAUUCGUCGAAUUAAUUUCGAUGGUACUAAUGAAACUGUUUUCUAUGGUGAUGAUGAAAUAUUAGUUGGUAUGGAAGCUGGUACAAUGCAAAUUGAUGCUGUCGGACGUAAUCUAUUUAUUGCUAAUAUUCGUCAUAGUCGAAUAGAUGCAAUAUCUUUAAAUGGUCUAUAUCAUACAAUAGUAUUUAGUAAUCAUGAAAAUGCUACAGGUAUAAUGCGACCAACAGCACUUGAUCUUGAUACAACAAAUGGUUUUGUUUAUUGGAUUGAUUUUGGUGGUGGACAAGUUCCUAUGAAAAUAGGUCGUGUUCGUUUUGAUGGAAAAUAUUCUGAAAAUAUUAUUGUUGAUAAUCUUUUACAACCAAAUUAUAUUGUUUAUAAUCUUGAUCUUCAUUGUAUAUUUUGGAGUGAUAUUGGUAUACAAAAAAUUUCAUAUCAUUGUAUGGAUUCAGGUGAUACAAAAAUUCUUGAUGUUGAAGUAAAUCAUCCACGUGGUUUCGAUUUUCUUACACAUUAUUAUCCUCCAACAUCACCAUUGAUAACAACUAAUGAAAAUGAUGAUAUAACAUCAACACAUUAUUCAUUAUUUUUUGUUGAUAAUGAAUAUGAAGGUGUUUAUAAAAAAUGGUUUGAUCAUCGUUUAAGUCCUGUAUCAGAUGUUAUACCCGUACGAACAAAUCAAGAAGAUCCAAGACAAGUUCGUGCUUAUCCACGUUAUGAAGCUUUCAAUGCAUAUUGUUUUUAUGGUUCAUAUUGUGAACAAAUUUGUUUUCAAAUUGAUUCUAAUAAUCGUGAUACACCAACAUGUGAUUGUGCUAUUGGAUAUAAAUUAAAUAGUGAUGGACGAACAUGUUCACCUAAAAGUGAACAAUAUAUUGUUUAUAGUACACAUUCAUUGUUAAGAGCAUUUGAUUAUCGAUCAAAUGAUUCAGCAAGAGAAGAUGUUAUGCCAUUGAUUGCUGGUAAGAUUUAUUAUAGUAUUUUCAAAUAA